AUGCCGAGCACUGCCAACAACAAUGCCGAGUACCACUGGCCGCAGCUGGAAACAUCCUUGCGAGAGCACGCUAGCAUGAAAAAGAAAACGCCGCAGCAGCAGCAAGCUUGCUACGGAAAAGCGUUCAAAGUGGGUGAGCCACUGGAUGCAACGGUGCGUCGUGAGGGCUUCGUCAAGUGCAAGCUGAGCAGCACCAAGAAAGCCGGCAUCAUCAGCAACCAGAAAGCCAGUGCAGCGACGGCUUGGGUGGCAGCUAACCAUCACAAUGACUUCGCAGAUGCUGCGAAUGCAUGGACAGGUUGCUUCUUCACUUUGGGAUGCCCCUACCAGAACAGCCGCAGCAAGGACGUCGUGCUGUGCCUUGGGUUUCGGGGGUACGCUGCCUUGGGUAUUGUGCUCAAAGAAGUCAAAGCUGAAGACAAGGGCUUCUAUGUCGUCGAGUCCACGCCGAAUGCAACCGAUGCGCGAUUGCUGCCCACCUGGACGAUCAACAACGCCGUUGAACAAUCGGAGUGGAUGCACCUGCCAAUGAAGCUCACGCACCCGUGUGCUCUGCCAGCAUCAAUCAGAAAUGAGUUCAGUGUUGCCAUGGCCCGGGUGGGCCCCAAUGAAGGCCUUGUCAAGAGCUCGCUGGAGCAUGGUGUGCUCCUGAGAAAAGAGAUGUAUGAGCACAUGCAUCGAGUGUUCAACUUCGGCACUUUGCCGGCGAAGGGCCAUGGGAGCGGGAAGAAGAAAGGGGUGAUCAAGCUGGACUAUGUGAGGGCAGCAGUGGAGCACUUCUUCCCGACUUGGUCAGCGGAUCAGAAACAUGAUCUGUGCGAACGGCUCAUGGCCAAAAAACUCCCGCAUCUGCGAGCUGCCUGCCCCACCGAAGUUCUGCAGGCGUUCAACGCGCUCUCUGCGGAAGACCAGGCAUCGUUGGGUGCAGUCAAGUUUCUGCAAAAGGACCAGACGGCGAUCAAGGGCAGGGGCAAAGAUGUGGAACCUCGGACUCUCAGUGAAAAGGUGCACUUCACGCCAGAGGAUCUCAAGGACAUGGUGCCCAACACGCCAGGAAGCUACAUCACACGACACCCGAUCCUCAAGCGCUACCAGGCGUUUUACCCAGUGGACAGUGCAGUGCUUUCCGCCGGCAAAGAGCCCAAAGUGUUCAACAAAUCGAGGGCGUGCACGUGGGAGGGACCUGAGCGGAAACUCAGCGAAGCGGCUGCCCUUUGGGAGGUGGUCGAGUGGGCUUGGGAUAUGCAUGCUCAGCACCAUCCCAUCGAUGCCGACAUCAAUGUGCUCUUUGGAUAA